UUUGAUCUCUGUUAACGUCGGUUGCUUCUGAAUUGUUUGUCUCUUUUAUUGACUUCAUUUGAUCUCAUUUUCUAAUCUGUUAAUCUAUCAGCCGGCUGUUUAUGUGUAGGUAUUAAUUGCAAAUAUCACCAUGGACCCAACAACGAUCAAGCCUAGAGAUGUUUGCAUUGUUGGUGUUGCAAGGACGCCUAUGGGUCGUUUUAAUGGUUCUCUCAGAACCUUGACAGCCACCAAGCUUGGGUCUAUAGCUAUUCAAAGUGCUUUGGAAAGGGCUAAUGUUGACCCAUCACUUGUGCAAGAAGUUUUCUUUGGGAAUGUGCUCAGUGUAAGUUUUGGGAACGAUCCCGCUAGGGAGUCAGCAAUAGAAGCAGGAAUACCCGAUACAGUUGUUUGUACCACUAUUAACAAAGUCUGUGCAUCUGGCAUGAAAGCAAUUAUGCUUGCCGCACAAAGCAUUCAAUUGGGCAUCAAUGAUGUUGUUGUGGCUGGUGGCAUGGAAAGCAUGUCUAACAACCUCAAUUACGAGCCAAAAUUUCAGGUAGUUUUUGUGGAAGAAUGUGUUAAAGAGUAUUCAAUAUCAAGAGAAGAUCAGGAUAAUUACGUUAUUCAGAGUUUUAAGCGUAGUUUUGCUGCUCAAGAGAAUGGUGUUUUUGCAUUGGAGAUUACUCCUGUGGAGGUUUCAGGAGAUAGUGAAGGGCCAUCAACAAUUGUUAACAAAGAUGAAGGCCUCGGGAAGUUUGAUGCUGCAAGGUUAAGGAAUCUCAAACCAAUUUCUUCAAAAGGUACCAUCACUACUGGGAAUACUGCUAGCUUAAGAGAUGGUGCUGCUGCUCUAGUCUUAGUGAGUGGAGAUAAAGCCCUCAAGCUAGGGCUACUAGUGAUUGCCAAGAUCACAGGCUAUGCUGAUGCUGCUCAGAACCCAAUAUUUUUCACAACUGCCCCAGCCCUUGCGAUACCAAAAGCAAUUUCAAAUGCUGGUUUAAAAUCCUCUCAAAUCGAUUUCUAUGAAAUUAAUGAAGCCUAUGCAGUUGUGCCUAUCUCUAAUAUGAAGCUUCUUCAACUUGACCCAGCAAAAGUUAAUGUACAUGGUGGAGCACUUUCUUUGGGACAUCCCAUAGGCUGCAGUGGAGCCCGUAUUUUGGUCGCACUUUUAGGGGUUCUGAAGAAGAAAAAUGGUAAAUAUGGAGUUGGUGGUGUUUCCAAUAUAGGAGGAGGUGCAUCAGCACUUGUUGUGGAGAUGGUGUAAAAUUUCAUUUGGGUAAGUUUUGUUUGAAUUAAAUGAGCUCAUAACCAUAUAGUUGGAUAUAGCUUACAAAUAUGCAAUUGCAUCGAACACAUUGUUUAUCGAAGAAGUGAACAUAUAUUGUUUAUUAGUUAUGAGUUUAUUCCAUACAGAUGUGUCGUAUUUAAUGAUAAUGUAUUCGCAUGGAAGGGUACCCUGUCGGUUGAGAAUGACAUUUCGCGCUACUAUUUUUUUUUUUCAUGUUAUAUGUUUUCUGAAUAAGUUAUGUUCCUUGUGAAUUAAUAUUGUUUUUAAUUAAAUCUUUAUUGUCUUAAGUGUCUA